UUCCCCACCGCUAUAAAGAAAGUUUAGCACCUUCCCGUGCCUUCCUCGUAUCCAAAGCUCUGCUUCGGUUCUUCUUCUUCCCACCUCGCACCCAACCGAAUCACCCCCCCAAAAAUCCGAUAAGCUUUUUCCUGGGUUUAGGGAAGAAUGGCGAUCAAGAGGAGCGUGGGCACCCUGUCGGAGGCGGAUCUGAAGGGGAAGAAGGUGUUCCUCCGCGCCGACCUCAACGUGCCGCUGGACGACAACCAGAAGAUCACCGACGACAACCGCAUCCGGGCGUCCGUGCCCACCAUCAAGUUCUUGAUGGAGAAGGGCGCCAAGGUCAUCCUGGCCAGCCAUCUGGGACGUCCAAAAGGUGUCACUCCCAAGUACAGCUUGAAGCCUCUUGUCCCGCGCUUGUCUGAACUCCUUGGAGUUAAUGUUGUUAUGGCCAAUGACUGCAUCGGUGAGGAAGUUCAUAAGUUGGCUGCUUCUUUACCAGAUGGAGGUGUUCUGCUUUUAGAAAAUGUUAGGUUCUACAAGGAGGAAGAGAAGAAUGACCCUGAGUUUGCCAAGAAGCUGGCAUCUGUUGCUGAUCUCUAUGUAAACGAUGCCUUUGGUACGGCACACAGAGCCCAUGCUUCAACAGAGGGAGUUACCAAGUUUUUGAAGCCUGCUGUUGCUGGCUUCCUCAUGCAGAAGGAACUUGACUAUCUUGUUGGCGCUGUUGCCAACCCGAAGAAGCCGUUUGCUGCAAUUGUUGGUGGAUCAAAGGUGUCAACGAAGAUUGGGGUGAUUGAGUCUCUUUUGGGGAAGGUUGACAUCCUCAUCCUUGGUGGUGGUAUGAUCUUCACAUUUUACAAGGCUCAGGGAUACGCUGUAGGAAAAUCCCUUGUUGAGGAAGACAAGCUUGAACUGGCAACCUCACUUAUUGAAAAGGCAAAGUCAAAAGGCGUCUCUCUCUUGCUUCCCACUGAUGUUGUAGUGGCUGACAAGUUUGACGCAAAUGCUGAGAGCAAGAUUGUUCCUGCAUCUUCCAUCCCUGAUGGUUGGAUGGGCCUAGAUAUUGGCCCUGACUCCAUCAAGACUUUCAGCCAGACGUUGGACACCACCAAGACUGUCAUCUGGAAUGGUCCUAUGGGAGUUUUUGAGUUUGAGAAGUUUGCUGCUGGCACUGAUGCGAUUGCCAUGAAGUUGGCUGAACUCACUGCCAAAGGCGUGACAACCAUCAUUGGAGGUGGCGACUCCGUUGCUGCCGUCGAGAAGGCCGGGUUGGCGAACAAGAUGAGCCACAUUUCUACCGGCGGUGGUGCGAGUCUGGAGCUGUUGGAAGGCAAGACCCUCCCAGGUGUCCUUGCUCUUGACGACGCUUAGGCUGGUACUGCGGUAGUGUAAAUGCAAGUCCUCGUCUGCCAUCCAGGACUUCAUAGGCUUCUCUCUUGAGUUUUUGCUAUAGAUGAGCGGUGAAUAAAUUUGCCUUGCGUGGACAAGAGAGUUAUGCAGGGAACAAACGUAAAUGCUAUGGAUGUGCUCUAUUUUGCCGUAUGCUGAAGCCCUUUGCGCAUUUGUUUUAAAA